AUGAACAUGAGGCAGAAGUUUAAAUGCAGUGAUUUCUAUAAAGCCAUUCAGAAUUCACCCAAGGUCUCGUGGAGUCAUCUCCUUCUUUCAAAUCCUGCUACUCCCCGAGCUGUCUUUAUAUUUUGGCUUGUUUGUCAUGGUAAACUUCCCACAACAAGUAGACUUUGUAGGUUUGGUUUGCUUAGUGACAACAAGUGUGGUUUUUGUGACAAUGAGGAGACUAUUAGUCAUCUGUUUUUUUAUUGUGAAGAAAUGAAGAGCAUUGGGAGAUAUGUUUUACAAUGGCUGGAUAUUCACCAUUCUCCAAAAAGAUGGGAAGAAGAGAUCGAUUGGAUUCAAAGGAAAGGUAAAGGCAAAGGUUGGAGGGCCAAGCUCUUUAGGCUUGCUCUUACUGAAACAAUAUAUGGGGCUUGGUUGUACAAAAAUGGUACUUGUUUUGGCAAAGUAAUGCAUAGAGCAAAAGUCUUGGAGACUAUUCUUGAAAAAAUAGUUUAUAGAAGCUGGGGGUGUAAAGAUUUAAAAAGCCACAUUGUUAAUUAUAUGGCUUUUUAG